AUGAGGCGCUCCAUACUCGCGGUUCUUGCUGCCGCCAGCACGGCAUGCGCGCAGUACAAGAUGCUGCUGCCGGGGUUCGGCGGGCAAGGGGACAUUUCGCCGCGCGCCUUUGGGGACGGUAUUUGCACCCUCGGAAGCACCUGCGAGCAAUGCUUCGGCGAGGGCUACAUCAUCUGCGCACGCAUUGGGUGCUUUAACCCAGACAAAGGCCAGCAAUGCUGCAACGCCGCAAGUCUCUGCGUCGGAAAGACAAACGCCUGUUGCAAGGACUGGGGCGGCCCGGGAGAGACUGGCAAAGCCGGCGCGCCAGCCUCACCGACUCGCUCGACCAUCAGUCCCACGGGCUCCGGGGUUUUCCAGUGCACAAAGGCCGACUCGGGCGAGGGCUGCUGUCAAAAGGCGCAUAAAGACAUGCACUGGUGCAGCGGCGCGUUCCCCUACUAUCGGUGCUACAACGCGAAGAACCAAUGGUGCUGCACGGACGGGACCGUCUGCGACGAGGAAAACUGCUGCAAGGACUUGUUUAGCCUGUCGACGACGCAGCCGUGGAAGGCAAAGGCGACGCAGACCGACUCCAAGACUGCAGACUCUUCGAUCACGAGCGCGCCGGACACAACAGCCGCCGCGACGACGAGCGGCGGCGGCGGCGCGGGGGCGCAAGCAACGAGCUCUUCCAAGGCUGUCGGCGCCGUCAUGGGGCCUGCCGACUUGGGCUUUGCAGGGGUUUUGGGAUCAUUGCUUGGCGCCGUCCUGCUGCUGUAG